CUACCCCCUGAGCCCUGCCAGCCUCCCGACGCGCCGUCCCCUGGGCUUGGCGCGCCCGAGCACCCUGCGCUCCGCUCCCGCGUGCCUCUCGUCCCCGCGGCGCUGAGCCUGGCCGACGCCGUCUCCGCCUAAAGCCUGAGCCUUCGGCCAUGGAGGUGGCGCCGGAGCAGCCGCGCUGGAUGGCGCACCCCGCCGUGCUGAACGCGCAGCACCCCGACUCACACCACCCGGGCCUGGCGCACAACUACAUGGAACCUGCGCAGCUACUGCCCCCUGACGAGGUGGACGUCUUCUUCAACCACCUCGACUCGCAGGGCAACCCCUACUAUGCCAACCCGGCCCACGCGCGGGCACGCGUCUCCUACAGCCCCGCGCAUGCCCGUCUUACUGGAGGCCAGGUGUGCCGGCCCCACUUGUUGCACAGCCCGGGUCUACCCUGGCUGGACGGAGGCAAAGCGGCCCUCUCUGCAGCUGCUGCUCACCAUCACAACCCCUGGACCGUGAGCCCCUUCUCCAAGACUCCGCUACACCCCUCAGCCGCUGCAGGGCCCGGAGGCCCGCUCUCUGUGUACCCAGGGGCUGGCGGAGGCGGAGGAGGCAGCAGCAGCAGCUCCGUGGCCUCCCUCACCCCCACUGCAGCCCACUCUGGAUCUCAUCUCUUUGGCUUUCCCCCUACACCACCCAAAGAAGUUUCCCCAGACCCCAGCACCACGGGGGCCGCCUCGCCAGCCUCCUCUUCUGCAGGAGGUAGUGCAGCCCGGGGGGAGGACAAGGAUGGCGUCAAGUACCAGGUGUCGCUGACCGAGAGCAUGAAGAUGGAAGGCGGUAGCCCUCUCCGCCCAGGUCUGGCCGCCAUGGGCACCCAGCCUGCCACUCACCACCCCAUCCCCACAUAUCCCUCCUAUGUGCCAGCUGCCGCCCACGACUACGGGAGCAGCCUCUUCCACCCGGGAGGCUUCCUGGGUGGCCCAGCCUCCAGCUUCACCCCCAAGCAGCGCAGCAAAGCACGAUCCUGCUCAGAAGGUCGGGAGUGUGUGAAUUGCGGGGCCACAGCCACCCCUCUGUGGCGGCGGGACGGUACCGGGCAUUACCUGUGCAACGCCUGCGGGCUCUACCACAAGAUGAACGGGCAGAACCGGCCGCUGAUCAAGCCCAAACGGAGACUGUCGGCUGCCAGGAGAGCAGGCACCUGCUGUGCGAAUUGUCAGACGACGACCACCACCUUAUGGCGCAGGAACGCUAACGGGGACCCCGUGUGCAAUGCCUGUGGCCUCUACUACAAGCUGCACAAUGUUAACAGGCCGCUGACCAUGAAGAAGGAAGGGAUCCAGACCCGGAACCGGAAGAUGUCCAACAAAUCCAAGAAGAGCAAGAAAGGGGCCGAGUGCUUCGAGGAGCUGUCCAAGUGCAUGCAGGAGAAGUCGUCGCCCUUCAGUGCGGCUGCGCUGGCCGGACACAUGGCGCCUGUGGGCCACCUGCCGCCCUUCAGCCACUCGGGACACAUCCUGCCCACCCCGACGCCCAUCCACCCCUCCUCGAGCCUGUCUUUUGGCCACCCUCACCCAUCCAGCAUGGUGACUGCCAUGGGCUAGGGGACAGCCUCCCGUUGGAUGACCGGUGGUCAUGGCAGAGAGAGGCUGGGUGCUCCCAGGAUGGUUGCACCAACCUGUAGCUGCCCAGCCCUCCCUGCAGACCAAGGCCACUCCUGCCAGCCCAGCUGGAGCCAAGCCCCCCCGCUGCCCGUCCAGAGAGGGCUCUGUGCCAGCCUGGGGGCCGUUACUGUGAAUAGCCCCAGUUGGGCCAUGGCAGACCACCUGUGGACAUGGCUGCUGCCUGGCUGGGAUUUCUUCAUGGACGACUGUGCGCACAGCAUUUCACAGGACCACUUGGGGCCAGAAACGGGGGCAGAGGAUGCCCAAAGAAAAUGUUAUUUUGGAAGAAAAAGGAGUAGGCAAAAAUAAUUUAUUUUGCUUGUUUCUAACGAGGACUCAGAGGUAUGAGCUGUUUCCAUGAUUUCCUGGUUCUUGCCUGGGGCCCAUCCACCUGCCAGGGUUAGAGGGGCAGAUCUGUGGGACCUCAGCCUGAGACCCCCUCUCCUCCUCUGGGCUUCUGUUUCCCAGACCGCUGAACUGGGUUGAGGCCUGAGGGGUUGGUAGCCGGGGGAGGGCGAGUCCUGAGCCCUGGCGGCCAGGCCCUAGACGGCAGGCAGAGACAAUCGCGGGCGGUCCAGCACCGAUUCCCAGGCCAGGGCUGGGUCACAGGAAGGAAACAACAUUUUCUUGAAAGGGGAAAUGUCUCCAGAUCGCUCCCUUGGCUUGGACAAGGCCAAAGCUGGUAUGACCCGGGUCCCCUCCACGGGCCCCCGUCUUCUGCCAGGUGAACCCUGCUCUCCCUGUAUAUACAAUUUUUUUUUUUUCUGUAGAUCCCUCUACCCCUCCCACUCUGAGACAAAAGGAAAAACAUUAUUAAAAAAGAAGAAGAAGAAGAAGAAGAACCUACAUAAGCUUAACUCACUGAUGAGUUAGUUGUUUUAUUUUUAAAACUCUGUUUUUUGGAGUCCAGUCCAUCGUACGCGGCUGCAGAAGCCGGGCUCUGGAAGGGAAUGGCGCUGCAGACCGAGGUUGGCGCUUUGCAAUAGCAUCUGGAACAGUGCUUGGAUCCUGCAGCCCUGGUGGGGAGGCUGGGGUGGGGCUGUGGGGGCGGCCCCAUGGGCUGCUGGCAAAGGCAGAAGUUGAGGGGCGCCGAGGUUCUGGGGUUCUGCUUUGCUGCGGCUGCCUGGCUCCUUCCCAAGGUACAGCUGUACAUAAACGUGUCCUGAGCUUCGAUUCCGUUGGCAGCGGUGGCUGGGCCGGGUGCGGUGGCCCGGGGUGCAGGACGAGGGUUUGUGCUGAUGCAUGAUCAAGUGCAAUACGGGCCGGCGAGUCACGGCGGGGCGCACCACAGCCAGAAGUAACUUAUUUUAUACUCAUCCGCAGAAACAGAGGAAUCGGCAGUAUUUUCUGUUUUUAUGUUCUAUUUGGCUUGUUUUUAUUUUUGGAUUAGUGAACUAAGUUAUUGUUAAUUAUGUACAACAUUUAUAUAUUGUCUGUAAAGAUUGUAUGCGCUCCUCCUCUUCCUCUAAAGUGAAUACUGUUAAGAAUAAUAAAAUACUUUUUGUGAA